UUGAUCGCAAACGUGUCGGCGUACGGACGCACGGCGUCGCUUGUUUGGAGUAUCUUUUUAUCAGUUCUCAAUUGUAAAACGCAAUUGUCUGUGUGGAGUAGGAGCUCGAAAGUCACAUUGUGAGUUCGUUGUUCGUGAAAAGUUUUGAUUUUCCGAUUUUCUAUUGGUUUAUGAGACGGUGGUUCAUAAAGAACAGCUGUUCGCGUACUAAUUGGAAAAGUUGGUGCGUUCACCUUUGUUUCCUUCAAAAUUUGGUGUGUUUAUUAUUAAAGUGCGCACUUUGUAAUUCGAAGGUGUUAAGAGUUCAUAUACACCGUUGUGACGUAUUAUAUUCAAGAGGAUUGUGGAUUUAUUGUUAUUAAUCAUAAUCAUUCGAUAAUAAUAUGAUUCUUUACUGACAACUGGUGUGGGUCAGCAACCGCCCUGGUGGUUCUGAUUCUUCAUUGCUCGAUCCUUGGUUCAAGAGAAAGAAGCGGAGAAAACGGAAGCGGUUAAGAUAAAUAAAAUUGGGCAUCAUCGCGUACGCGUUGUUUUUGUUUUCAUUGUUAUUAGUUAAUUAGAAUUUUGGUUCGACCUCCCGUGUGAAACUGAAGUGACUUCUUGUGUUAGUAAUAUUAACAGUACAUAGUGUGGUUGUAAUAAGUAAAUAAAGGACUUGUACGAAAUGGAGAAGGAGUCAAACCCCAUGCAAGCUCUCUGCCGGUCAGGUUGUGGAUUCUACGGCAGUCCUGCCACCGAUGGACUUUGUUCUCUAUGUUAUAAAGAAGCCCUGAAAAAGAAACAACAACCCCCCGUUUCGACCCCUAGUCCUGCUUCCUCAGUCAACAACGCACAAUCGUUCGCCAGCUUUAUGGAUGCAGCGACGGCCACCGCACAACCCACGAUACCCACUUGCCACCCCUCUGUGCCAUUGUCGGCGUCGACGGAUUCGAACGCUGACUUAAACAAGGAAACAGACGAUGGCGUCCAAAACCAGAACGAAGCGGCCGCAAGCGGUAACUCCGAUGUCGAUUCGAACCCGGGUGACAAAGACGGCGACAAGGACGCCAAAAAGAAAAAGAACCGCUGCGCUGUGUGCCGUAAAAAGGUCGGAUUAACAGGGUUCGAGUGCCGCUGCGGGGGACUGUUUUGCGCGGUGCACCGAUACAGCGACAAACACGAGUGCACGUUCGAUUACCGUGAGAUGGGGGCGAAGGAGAUCAGGCGCAACAACCCCGUCGUCGUCGGCGAAAAGAUCCAGAAGAUAUGAACCCCGCCACACGCGCACCACACGCACAGUUUAGUGGACUGUUGUUUCGUUUCGUUGUUAGGUUAAAACAUACAUAAUGAUUAUUAUUAUAACUAUUAUUAUUAUUAUGAUUAUUACUAUUACUACUACAUACUACAAUACUACACAACUACUACUACUACUACACUACACUCUUAUAAUCAUGAAGAUGAAAAAGAAGGUGAUUAUGACGGUAAUGGCGAAAACGAUGGCUCGAAGACAGUGGAGAAAAACAAGUCCUUUUUUAAAUGGCGUAUGCAAAAACUGACGAAAGGAUGGAAUGAAAGAGAAGGGGAGGGGGUGGAUGGAAUACUGGGUGGUGCGUUUGUGGUUUUAAGUGCGUACAGGGACGCUGACUAAGUGACUAUAACAGAAACGCGCGUGCGCGCAAGACUUGGAAUGCCUCCCCCUUCCCAUGUUAACACAAAACACAAGUGAUAAUCGUUGUGUACUAGAACUAAAGCUACCGCUACACUUUUAGUAACUAUUAUCAUUAAUUGUUUACUACCACUUUGUGAAGGGUAACUAACGUCACAACAACUACAACAAACAAACAAACAACAAAAAAGAAAAAAAUAAGAAACAACUGAAAUUUAAUUUUUUUUGAAUAUAUAAUUAAUUUGUUGCUACCCUUUGAAUUUAUUUCUUCUUGUUCUCGACCAUCGUUGGUACUGUGUCGUCUUAAUUAGUUCAAAUGAAUCGAUUAAAAGCAGAUAGCAAGAAACAAUAAUAAUUAGAGGUCAACAAAAAAAUAAAUAAACAAA